CUUGCCACCAAGUGGAGAACCGCAGGCAAAUCUGGUGGGCCAACUCGGUCCUAUGCCCCUGUCCAAGUCACUUCCCACUCAGGUCCUGUCUCUUCCGAUGUAACGUGGACCACGUUGGCCUCGGGGCGAGCUCAUCUCUGAGGACUUAGAUCCGAAGGAGUGCUACCUGGCAACCGUGAACGAGCCCUCCUGGCAACCCUGAACUGGUGUGGCAGCUGUGGGACUCAUAGCGGGUGGACUUUCGGAACCUCCAGGGGGCGACCGGACCUGGGAAGGCAUCUCGGCCGUGCGCCGCGCCCGUCCAGCGUGUGACUUCACCCGGCGCCCGGAGCCAACGCGGCACAGAGGGCCGGGUUGCCGCCCACGCCCCCGGCCGCAGGUGCCAGCAGCCCAAGGGGCCCGCGCCUGGACGCACCGGGCUGGGGACCGCCAGGCGUCCGGACUGCGCUCCCGCCUCUGCCUCCGCCUUCUCUUUGUAGCGAGUCCCCGGUCGGUCCUCCCCGCCCCCCGCGCGGCCCGCCGCCCGCCUUUCUUCCUGCCUCGCCUUCCUGCGGCGCGGCGGCCUCAUCUAUUAUAGAUGCUCGGCCGCGGCUGACAUCAGCCAGCGGCCUCCCGAGCGUGCGGUCCCCAGCCCGGCCCAGCAGCCCGCCGCCGCCCGCGCCCGGCCCCGCCGCCCGCUUUCUGCAUGACUGUCACAAAGAUGUCCUGGCGACCGCAGUACCGCAGUUCCAAGUUCCGGAACGUGUACGGGAAGGUGGCCAACCGGGAGCACUGCUUUGAUGGGAUCCCCAUCACCAAGAAUGUCCAUGACAACCACUUCUGCGCGGUCAAUGCCCGCUUCCUGGCCAUAGUCACCGAGAGUGCGGGAGGUGGCUCCUUCCUGGUCAUCCCCCUGGAGCAGACAGGCAGAAUCGAGCCAAACUACCCCAAGGUAUGCGGUCAUCAAGGCAAUGUGCUGGACAUCAAAUGGAACCCCUUCAUUGACAACAUCAUCGCCUCGUGCUCCGAGGACACUUCGGUGCGGAUCUGGGAGAUUCCUGAGGGCGGGCUGAAGCGGAACAUGACUGAGGCUCUCCUGGAGCUCCACGGACACAGCCGGCGUGUGGGGUUGGUUGAGUGGCAUCCCACAACCAACAACAUUCUGUUCAGUGCUGGCUAUGACUACAAGGUCCUCAUCUGGAACCUGGACAUAGGCGAGCCAGUGAAAAUGAUUGACUGCCACACAGACGUGAUCCUCUGCAUGUCCUUCAACACAGACGGCAGCCUGCUCACCACCACGUGCAAGGAUAAGAAGCUCCGUGUGAUUGAACCCCGCUCCGGCCGGGUGCUGCAGGAGGCAAACUGCAAAAACCACAGAGUGAAUCGGGUAGUGUUCCUGGGCAACAUGAAGCGGCUCCUCACGACAGGGGUCUCCAGGUGGAACACGAGACAGAUCGCCCUCUGGGACCAGGAGGACCUAUCCAUGCCAAUGAUCGAGGAGGAGAUUGAUGGACUCUCAGGCCUCCUCUUCCCAUUCUAUGAUGCUGACACCCACAUGCUCUACCUGGCUGGAAAGGGGGAUGGAAACAUCCGGUACUAUGAGAUCAGCACGGAGAAGCCCUACCUGAGCUACCUCAUGGAGUUCCGCUCCCCAGCCCCACAGAAAGGCCUAGGCGUCAUGCCCAAGCAUGGGUUGGAUGUGUCUGCCUGUGAGGUGUUCCGUUUCUACAAGCUGGUGACACUCAAGGGCCUGAUUGAGCCUAUCUCCAUGAUUGUGCCCCGGAGGUCAGAUUCCUACCAAGAAGACAUUUAUCCCAUGACCCCAGGCACGGAGCCAGCUCUGACCCCAGAUGAAUGGCUGGGAGGCAUCAACCGAGAUCCUGUGCUGAUGUCUUUGAAGGAAGGCUAUAAGAAGUCUUCAAAGGUGGUGUUUAAGGCCCCCAUCCGAGAAAAGAAGAGUGUUGUCGUGAAUGGCAUAGAUUUAUUAGAAAAUGUCCCACCCAGGACAGAAAACGAGCUCCUCAGGAUGUUCUUCAGGCAGCAGGAUGAGAUCCGGAGGUUGAAGGAGGAGCUGGCCCAGAAGGACAUACGGCUCCGUCAGCUCCAGCUGGAACUGAAAAACCUGCGCAACAACCCCAAGAACUGUUAGCCCCUCCGUGGGCUGGUUUCCAAGCCAAUCUCUCCGUUGUUUCUACUGGUCCCUAAACUGCCCCUUAUCUAUUGAGCCCAGAGACAGGGCCUGGACUGGAGCUGGGGACCAGCCGGUAGACCCUACCUACCACCUCAAGAACUGGAAGCUGACCUUUGACCUCCUGACUUCAUGCUAAUACCGGUCCCCCUGCCUCUCCUGGAGAGCCCACCCUUGACUGGCAGCCUCUUUCCCUGCAACCCCGGGAGCCAGGCUUCCUGUUGGCUCCCUUCAGGAUGCUCUCCAAGGGAUGGAGAGAGAGCAGGAUUACAGCCUGACUUAGAACUUGAAUCUGUCCCCUGCAGAGGGGCUGCCAGGACCUACCUACGCAGGGAUUAGCUGCUCCCAGUCUCAGCCUCACUUCUGAAGCACAGUGAGGCUGGACGGAGGGUGGAGUGCUCUGCCCACCUCCCACCUCAUUCUGCUCCCAGCUGCCCCACAAGCCCUGCUCAUCUCACCCAGCGGUGAGCACCUGGCAGCGCGCCCUUUUCUUUCUGAACUCUCCCCGACCCCCCUUGUCUUCAGGGAUGAAGAGGACACUGUCCAAGGCCAUAAUGACCCCUUGCCUUCCCCGUGGUUCUCUUCAAAGCUCUUUUACACCCUUUUUCCGUUUCAUUUGUGAUCCAGGCAGGGUAGGGAUUCGUGGCCCCACUUGUCAAACCGCAGAACUGAGGGUUGCAAUCAGGUUUCAACUUUCAAAAUCACCCAGAGGGGCAGCAGCAGGCCAAGUACCCUUGGCAUCCAGACGCCCUGGCCAGGGCCUUUUCCAGUCUAUUGAGAUGCCAAUCCCUGUGUGGGCUUCCCCAGAAUGAGACCUGGAAGCCAUUUCUACUGUCUGCCCAACACCAGUAGUGCCAACACGCCAUACUGCCCGGUUGAGGCCCCUCACACUCAGUGCCCCUGGACCCUCCUGGCCUGCACUCUUUGCUCUCACUCCUCCCCCGGGGGGCUCCAUCUGAGAUGAGGCCUCUUCCUGGAAACUGAGGCUGAGAAGGGGAGAGCUUGGCCCCAGGGCAGGCAGAGCAAGGGUCUGAUGGCUUCCAGGGAUGCCGUCUGCCUGUAUCGCCCUCCGCCUUCCCCUUCCCACUCCAGCCCUGCUAUCUCAGCCACUUUCAGCCUUACACACGCAGGAUGACCACAGCCACUCGAUCCACAUAGCACUUUGAAGUUUACCCAGUUUUGUGACACAUGGAUCUCACCGACUCUUGCAUCUGCUCUACUUUACAGUGACAGAAACAGGGAGGUGGCCCUCAGGCACUCGGCUCUGAGACGCUACAUCCCCUGGGGUCUUCUGCAGGCUUGCUUUAUUCCCUCUCCCCUCCCUCGUUCCAUUCCCCACCUACCACAUGGAGCUCAGAAGCACUGAUGUCACAACAGUCCCCGCCACUUGGGCAGAGGAGAUGUGGGCAUCUCUGUCGUGGCCUGGGAUCUGCUACACACAGGACACUCCUUGCUUGCCCUUUCUGUGGCCACCCUGCAAAACUUCCCAACCCCAGAGGCCCUGCUGGGGAGCCGGGAGGUGAGAUUCCACAGUCUUAGGGCCUCUGCUCUCCACCCAGUGAUGGUUCCUGCUCCAAGCCUGCUGCAGCGGCUUCUCCUCCCGCACCACCACAGCUAGACUGCCAGCUCUCAUCAGCUCUCAUCGCCUCCUCCACACUUCCGGAGCUUUCUUUCUCUCCAUUGACCUUUGUGGUCUUCUGUGAUUAUUUAUGCUGCCUCCCAAGGAUAGAAUUGAAAUAAAAUGUUUUCACUUAUCAAGCCAA